CUACCGCCAACUCCCCCAAUUCUCCUCCACAAAUGUGACAAGAGCCUGUAUUGUAAAAAGCCCAAAUCGAAAACCUCCAAACGAUUCCAACCUCGACAAUCACGUUAGAAUGUGAUUCCAUCCCCAUUGGAUUGCGGAUAAUCGUCAUGACGUAACAAUGGUCGUCAUCAUGAAUCCGCCUGUAUGAAAGCGAGACUAGAAAGAGGUUUUCCACUCGUCCAUCACUACUACAAGUCAAAACCGAUUCGGAAGAAAUCCAUCUUUUCUUGAAAACAAAUACUGAAUAUCUCUCAUGUCGUCCAACCAAAACGUCGCAGAACCCUCUCUUACUCAUGGACAUCUUCAGUACGCAAAGGGUGUCGUAGAGGAAACUAUCGGUAAUGUUACCGGAAGCGAAAGCUGGAAAACCUCUGGGCAUACCGAUAAAGCACAAGCACAAGCUGAGCUGCAAGCGGCUGAUAAACUCAGCGAGGAGAGUCGACAAGCCAACAACGCAAAUCGGGAUAGGAAGUGGUUGGAGAGGGAAGGGAAAGCUGAGGAAGUUGUUGGGAAGAUUGGGGGAUGUGGGGGGUUGCAGCAUCAUGGGCAGGAGAAGCAGGAAGCUAGUCAUCGGUAGAUUUGGUGUUUCUUUUUCUUUGUUUUUUUUUGCGUCAGUCAGCAAUGCACUUUGGACAAUGUAGUAUUGAAUCAAAGAGUUUGAACUGGUAGGAAAACUGUCUCUGGUGAUUAUAUGAAAGAUCCUUUUGAGCGCCUGUUGGGUCCGUUUGCAAGGUUCUGAUAGAUGUGAAGCAACCCCAUAAUCCUUUUG